AUGGCGAUGCCUCCGGACGCCAAGCAGGAAAUCAAACCCGUGAAGGUCUCCAAGCCGCGGAUCGACUGCAUCGACGGUUGCCGCUUUGCGCUGGUCUUCCCCAUCGUGAUUGCGCAUUUUGCGAGGUUUGGCACCAACAACCUGACGGCGCUGAAGCUGCUCACGCAGGAGAAUGUGCUCGUAGGAGGCUUCUUCGUCAUCUCAGGAUACGUGUCUGCGUACACUUCUACGAAGCUUGGCGAGAGAAAGGCCGAGGACAAGAAGCUGGCCAACCCGGAGCUCUUCUUCUGGCAGAGGGUGAUGGCCUACUAUCCUCUCCACUUCGUGGUUUCCGCGAUCUUCGCCCCGAUGUUCAUCCAGGUUGAGAGGUGGUACAACACUCCGUGGACCACCAGCGCAUUCCGUGCUUUCCUGAACUUCAGCAUGCUGCAGGCCUGGUUCCCCAAGGAGGCAGAGAUCUGGAAUCAGCCAACCUGGUUCCUUUCGGCCCUGACGUUCUCGAACCUCACCAUGCCGACGCUGGUGCUUCCACAGGUGGCGCAGCUGUCCAAGAACGGCCUUCAGAAGCUGUUCGUCGCCUUGACGGGCAUCUCGCUCCUGCAGAAGGUCUCCUAUUCGGAGACCUCGCGCUUCCACAGCAGCAAGGAGCACCCGGUCAACGGCCAGGUCAUGCACCCUCUGAUCUGGAACUUGACCCGCUUCCACCCCUUCUGGGCGCUGAUCGAGAUGACCAUGGGCGUGGCGGCUGUGCGUCACGUGAUGCUGGACACGGAGGAGGACAAGAAGAAGCCGACCACGAACCCGCUUUGGAUGUUCUUGGCGGCCUACGCCUCCUUGGGUCUGCGUCUCACCAAGUUCGACUUCAAUGAUGCCAUCAUUCGCAGCGUGCUGUUCGUCCCCAUCUUCACGAAGUUCUUGACGCAGAUUCACAGGGAUGCGAUCUCCGCAAACCCCGCCCCUAUCACGCGCUUCUUCGGCUCCAAGCCGAUGGCCACGCUGGGCUCCAUCGCAUUCCCGAUGUUCAUCCUGCACGGCCCAAUUGGACAGAUCUUCUACAAGAAGAUCUUGGCUAAGAAGAUCUGGGGUGCGCCGAUGCCGACGGCCUUCUUCCCGUUCUACCUUCUGAUCUGCUUGGGUUUGAGCCACCUCACCAACGAGUAUUUCGUCAAGAACAAGAAGGUGUCAGCCAUCUCGGGCAAGGUGGCCCAAUUCCUGGGCACAUGGACUGAGGGCAUGCUGCGACGACACGGUACCGAGCACCGCUCAUCAGAGGAUGCUGUUGUGAUGUCUGUAUCAAGCUCGGGUAUCGAUGCGCCCUGCCCACUUCAAGUUGUUUGUGGAGACUGGUUGGUGCUGCACAAGGUGCAGCACCGCCGACACUUGGUGUCAAUGCCACGGUGCGAGCUUCGAUCGUUCGUGCGGAAACAGAAUGUCGUCGUCGGCAUGAGCCAAGUGGCACAGAAAAUCGACGCUGACGCAAAGGCCAUGGCGAUGCCUCCGGACGCCAAGCAGGAAGUCAAACCCGUGAAGGUCUCCAAGCCGCGGAUCGACUGCAUCGACGGUUGCCGCUUUGCGCUGGUCUUCCCCAUCGUGAUUGCGCAUUUUGCGAGGUUUGGCACCAACAACCUGACGGCGCUGAAGCUGCUCACGCAGGAGAAUGUGCUCGUAGGAGGCUUCUUCGUCAUCUCAGGAUACGUGUCUGCGUACACUUCUACGAAGCUUGGCGAGAGAAAGGCCGAGGACAAGAAGCUGGCCAACCCGGAGCUCUUCUUCUGGCAGAGGGUGAUGGCCUACUAUCCUCUCCACUUCGUGGUUUCCGCGAUCUUCGCCCCGAUGUUCAUCCAGGUUGAGAGGUGGUACAACACUCCGUGGACCACCAGCGCAUUCCGUGCUUUCCUGAACUUCAGCAUGCUGCAGGCCUGGUUCCCCAAGGAGGCAGAGAUCUGGAAUCAGCCAACCUGGUUCCUUUCGGCCCUGACGUUCUCGAACCUCACCAUGCCGACGCUGGUGCUUCCACAGGUGGCGCAGCUGUCCAAGAACGGCCUUCAGAAGCUGUUCGUCGCCUUGACGGGCAUCUCGCUCCUGCAGAAGGUCUCCUAUUCGGAGACCUCGCGCUUCCAUAGCAGCAAGGAGCACCCGGUCAACGGCCAGGUCAUGCACCCUCUGCUUGGGGCACAGCUGCUUCUGAUCUGGAACUUGACCCGCUUCCACCCCUUCUGGGCGCUGAUCGAGAUGACCAUGGGCGUGGCGGCUGUACGUCACGUGAUGCUGGACACGGAGGAGGACAAGAAGAAGCCGACCACGAACCCGCUUUGGAUGUUCUUGGCGGCCUACGCCUCCUUGGGUCUGCGUCUCACCAAGUUCGACUUCAAUGAUGCCAUCAUUCGCAGCGUGCUGUUCGUCCCCAUCUUCACGAAGUUCUUGACGCAGAUUCACAGGGAUGCGAUCUCCGCAAACCCCGCCCCCAUCACGCGCUUCUUCGGCUCCAAGCCGAUGGCCACGCUGGGCUCCAUCGCAUUCCCGAUGUUCAUCCUGCCCCUCGGCCAAGUGCAUCUUAGGCACGGCCCAAUUGGACAGAUCUUCUACAAGAACGCCAGAUGCAUCGACAUCCAUGACUGGGACUACAGCUGCCAAGGUUCUACCUUCUGA